AUGCAGAGCGCUGGCUUGAAGAGCGACGGGAAGUGUCUGACGAGUGAUAGCCUUGGAGCGUACCGUUUUCCCAUCCACAGCGUGUAUAGAAAUGGGACGGCGCAGAUCACGGACAUUCCUCUGGUCCUGAUUAAAGAGAAGAAGACGUGGAGAGAAGCUCUGAGAUACUGCAGAGAGAAUCAUGUGGACCUGGUCUCUGUUCACACUGAGGGAAUUCAGCGUUGGGUGAAGACUGUAGCUAGAAAUGCCUCCACUGAUAAUGUGUGGGUGGGUCUGCGUCACACCUGUGACCUGAAGUUCUGGUUCUGGAUGAGUGGAGAGUUCCUCUGCUACCAGAACUGGGCUCCAGGGAACGGGACGGGAGUGGAGGACUGCAGUAAUGGAGAAAGAUCAGGAGCGGUUCAGUCUGGAAGUAAGCAGUGGAUCAGUCUGCUGGAGAACCAGACCCUCAACUUCAUCUGCACUGAAUCUGAUGAGUUCUGAGAAAGGAUCCCAGGACCACGCUAACAGAACUGGAUCUACUUCCUGUACUGCGCAGUAGUCUGGAAUUAUAUUUCUUCAUAUUCUCUUCAUGCUUUUGCUGUUUUUAAUAUAACUUUAAUGUUAUAAGAAAGGGAGGUGUUGGAUUCAAGUUUUAAUUUUAAUUAUAUAUGUUUACUCAGGUAUAUUUACAGUUUAUUUAAUUAAUUGUUUAAAAAUAUGCUUUAAUAUGUUAAUAUAAUUUCUUUUCAGAUCUCUCUGCUUCUUUUGUGAACCUUUUGCUUUCGUUUGAGAUCUGUUUUUUCCCUUUUCUUUUCUCUUCUUAUACCCUCUGUUACAAGUCACUCUUCUACAAAGGUGCGACAGAGAAGUGUGCUUAGACUGGGGUUUAUAUAGAGUGCUUUACAGUUGUUGCCACUGAUUAUUGUGGUUUGUCACCAUGGAUUAUGGGAAUUGGAGUUUCAAGACCCAGCUCCACCAAUUUUUUUUCUUCUCCGUUACCCAGCUCCUCUUGCUGGUGGCCAGUGGUGCAGCACUGCCCUUCACAUCUAAUUAUUGUGGUCAUUGAACUGUUUGUGUUUGCAUAUGUGGUUCAUUCCAUUCCAAUAAGUCU